AUGUCCUUCGCAAUUAAGCUCCAAGCGCCGCUGACGCAUCGCUCAACUGGACCAGGUCUCAUUCUGGUUGUUCCUGACUCACCUGAUCCGAAAUUAUCAGAUAUCGGUUUCUUACUGGACCCGUUGCCUUCCCAGAAAUGGGCUGAGGAGGGCUUUUGUACGGCAUGUAUUUCUCUGUCACCAGAAGCCAGCCACGAAUUCGACUCGGCGUUGAAGGCUGCCGUUGAUCAGCUGUCCAAUAUGCCUACUCUUUCCGCUAGUAAUAAGUUUGGUUCAUAUAUGCUUCUCCGCACAGUUUAUGGCACUGCACUGUUGAACCAGGCGAUCAUUUCCGUACCAAGCUUCUCAUCAAUCGGAGCCGUGAUUGGAUAUUCCAAGUCCGUUUUUGAUAUGAAACAAUCGACUCAUUUCUUAUCUCUGAUUCAUUGUGCUGGCGCCCCAAUCUCAUCUCCCGGAAUCUAUACCUACGAUGUUGCCAACGAAUAUUUUGUUAUUCCUGGACAGCCGGCGUAUGAUAAAGCUUCAGCAACAUUAGCUCAUCAAAGAAGCCUCGUCUUUUUGCGAAGAUUCUUCGACGGCCCUUAUUUUGAUUUGGAAAAGAUUUGGGAAGAACACACGCUCUAUGAAUUCGGGGAACGUGCGGUUGAGAAGACUAUGGCUCAAGAGCCAUACGUGAACCAUGUCCCCACGUUGACCGGCGGAAUCGGUCGAACUGCCCUGACCGAGUUCUACGCCAAUCACUUCAUCUUCUCCAAUCCCGAUUCGUUCGCGCUCAAACUCGUCAGUCGGACGAUUGGGCCGGAUCGCAUCGUAGACGAGCUGAUUAUCGACUUUAUUCAUGACCGUGUCAUUGAUUGGAUGUUGCCUGGAAUUCUACCAACAGGGAAGGCAGUCCGCAUACCGCUUGUGGGUGUCGUGAAUGUUCGCGGUGACAAGCUCUACCAUGAACACAUAUACUGGGAUCAAGCUUCUGUGCUGGUUCAAAUCGGCCUUCUUCCCCCUCAACUUGCUUUCCCGGCAGACUUUGAUGCGGCUGGUCUCGCGGGAAAAACCUUUCCACUCCCCGUGACAGGCUUGAAGCAAGCUGAGAAGAUGCUCGACCCAGUGGGUAUUCCAAGCAAUGAGCUCAUACCGUAG